AAAAGUCAGAGAAAGGAGUAGAGAAUAGGGAGGAGGGGGUUUUGUUUUGUUUUUGUUUUUGCAUCAAGUUACGGGGAGAGGAAGAUAUGGAGGUACAAUGGCUUCUGCUAUGUCACGGCCUUGUCACACUGCUCGUGGUGGUGUCUUUCCUCUGCGGUCAAUGGCCUAUUUUCGACGGCACUUUCAUUCAACGAAUCCACAUCUUCCUCACCUUUGGUGCUUACGAUUAUCUCCGGCGUUUUGUUGCUGCUGUUUGUGGUCGCAAAGGCACCGACGCCCUCCACUCCGUCGAGUACUAUUGCUGUGAUCGUCCUAACCCUACUUUACAGCUUAUUUAUGUGGCAAUACUUGGAGUUACUUAUUAUGUUAUUGUUCAGUCGUCAUUCCGAUACAUUCCUGGGUAUUACAUAGGUGAAGUGCACAGGUAUACAAGCUUGUUGGCAGUUGCUGUGGGUAUUCUACUCUUUCUAUUGACUAGCUUUUCUGACCCUGGAACUGUGAAUGCUGAGAAUGUAUCUCAAUAUCUCUCUGCUUACCCUUAUGACAAUAUUAUUUUCUCCGAGAAAGAAUGUUCAACUUGCAAGAUCCUAAAACCUGCAAGAUCGAAGCACUGCAGUGUAUGUGAUCGCUGUGUUGCUCGGUUUGAUCAUCAUUGUGGAUGGAUGAAUAAUUGCAUUGGUGAGAAAAAUACCAGAUACUUCAUAGCUUUUCUUUUCUGGCAUUUCCUACUUUGUGUCUAUGGAACUGUUGCUAUUGCCCUUGUUCUAGCUGGUCAGUUGAAAGAACUACAGGUUAUACAGAUUCUUACAGUGUAUUAUGGCAUUGAGAACAAAUUCCGUAGUUUGGCUCCAUAUGUUAUACAGUGGCUGCUGGGUUCAUACAACACACAAAUACUUAUUAUGGUGUUUUUGGCUAUAGUAUCUAUGCUGAUGGCUGGAUUCCUUGCAUACCACUCAAAACUGUGUCUCACAAAUACCACCACAAAUGAGACUUUCAAAUGGCAUGAUUACUUGAGCUGGCAGAAGAAGGUGAAUGAAGCAAAGGCAAGUGCUGUGGCUCUAAAAGCAAGUUUAGAUGAAGUAAGCCAUGAAAGAAAGCAUCAUGUCAGCAAAUGGAAGGCCUUCUGCUGUAGGUCUCGUCUAGAAGAAGUGAAGCCAGCUGAACUUGGGCUAAAGUCAUCCUGUGCCUGGAUUCCUGUAGCACCAAGGGGAGAAUGGUCUAGACUUGAAGCACGUUUAGGUUUCCCAACACUGGUGCCUUGUGAUGGUAUCUUUUAGCAAUGAUGAGUUGCAUGCAGGUUGGAUGAACCAAGGAGAAAUUGUGUGGUGUGGCUGUUAUUAACAUAACAGUAGGAUAAAGUCUUGAGUUUCUCAUUCUUGUGUAAUAUACAGGUUUUCCCCCCAUCAUUUGCAUGUGAAAUAUCAUGCUACCUGUUUAUAUGUAGAAUUUUGGGUUUCAAAUUUCAAUAUAGAGCAGCUUUUUCAGCUGUUUACUUGGGUGA